GAGAAAUUACAUGCUCGUUAAAUUCUCUUAGUUUCGUUGAAACAUCGGGAGUGUCAGUGAAGACAGCUGCUGCAUCAGCAGAGUAUCGCUAUUCAAGCUCCAAACUGAAAAUAAAUCAGGAUUUUUAAGAUCAUGAUUUAUUCUAUACCACUGCUGCUUCUUCCGCUUCGAACGUUGCUCGCAAUCGCCGCUUUACCAACUCUUGGUUACGUGGACCGACACCGUUUGGAAACUUACGAGAAUCUGUCCGAAGAAUCAAACGAUUUCGAUCUCUUUGCGAAUUUGACGUUCCGAUUCUCUUGCGAAGGAAAACAGACCGGUUUGUACGCGGAUUUGGACUACGAUUGUCGAAUUUUUCAUGCCUGCGACGAUUCUGGAAAAGGUUUUCCCGUCAUUUGUCCAAAUAAUUCAUUGUUUGAUCAAAGGGAACGAAUCUGUACCGACAAAGAACCGGUCGACUGCGAACACGCGGACGAAUGGUUCUAUUUGAACGAGUUGCCGUAUUCUAUGGAAGUGAACGAAGAAGACGAUGCAAAGUCGAAGGAGAAAAAAGAAGAGAGCUCGAAAUCGCAAGAGAAAGAAGUGCCUUCGGUAUUACCUCUCUUGUUAUCGUGACAGUGAAAUAUACAAUUUCAAAUUUUUUUAACUAUUUGUGUCUUGAAAAUCAACGCGAUACACUGUAAAAUAGAAGCAAUAAAUAAACUAAUAAAA